GGAGGAUGGGGCAGCCGCGGAGGCCGGCGAACGGCAGCGGCCCGGCGGCGCCAUGACCGGCGAGAAGAAGAAGAAGAAGCGGCUCAACCGCAGCGUCCUGCUGGCCAAGAAGAUCGUCAUCCGCGACGGGGCCGGCCGACAGGGGAUUGGAGAGCCCAGCGUGUACCACGCCGUGGUGGUUAUUUUCCUGGAGUUCUUUGCCUGGGGGCUGCUGACCACGCCGAUGCUAACGGUGUUACACCAGACUUUUCCUCAGCAUACAUUCUUGAUGAAUGGCCUGAUUCAUGGAGUCAAGGGUCUGCUUUCUUUUCUAAGUGCCCCACUGAUUGGUGCUCUCUCUGAUGUCUGGGGCAGGAAAUCCUUCCUCCUCCUCACUGUCUUCUUCACGUGUGCGCCAAUUCCCCUUAUGAAGAUCAGUCCAUGGUGGUAUUUUGCUGUCAUUUCCAUGUCUGGAGUCUUUGCUGUCACCUUUUCUGUGAUUUUUGCCUACGUUGCUGAUAUCACACAGGAGCAUGAACGCAGCACGGCGUAUGGCCUGGUGUCAGCCACGUUUGCUGCUAGUCUGGUCACAAGCCCAGCGAUUGGUGCAUACCUUUCCCAAGCCUACGGCGAUACGUUGGUGGUUGUGCUAGCUUCAGGUGUUGCUUUGCUGGAUAUUGGUUUCAUCCUGCUGGCUGUGCCAGAGUCUCUGCCAGAAGAGAUGCGCCCGGUCUCUUGGGGAGCUCCAAUCUCUUGGGAACAAGCAGACCCAUUCGCUUCCUUGCGGAAAGUGGGUCAGGAUUCUACAGUGCUGCUCAUCUGUAUCACCGUCUUUCUCUCCUACCUUCCUGAAGCCGGCCAGUACUCCAGCUUUUUCCUGUACCUGCGACAGGUCAUUGGUUUUUCCUCGGAGACUGUGGCAGCCUUCAUUGGUGUAGUUGGAAUUCUCUCUAUACUGGCUCAGACAGUAGUGUUGGGAAUUCUCAUGCGUUCGAUAGGAAAUAAAAACACCAUCCUGUUGGGACUGGGCUUCCAGAUCCUGCAGCUUGCCUGGUACGGCUUCGGAUCACAGCCUUGGAUGAUGUGGGCAGCAGGAGCUGUGGCUGCCAUGUCUAGCAUCACCUUCCCAGCCAUCAGUGCCAUGGUGUCUAGGAACGCGGACCCCGACCAACAGGGUGUGGUGCAGGGGAUGAUCACUGGAAUUCGGGGUCUGUGUAAUGGUCUGGGGCCGGCGCUCUAUGGCUUCGUCUUCUAUCUCUUCCAUGUGGAGUUGAAUGAAAUGGCUGAGGUGGAAACUUUGGGUAAGGCCUCCAAACCCAACAUGGCCAACCCUACAGAUGAGAGCAGCAUUAUCCCAGGGCCUCCGUUCCUGUUCGGGGCUUGUUCUGUCCUGCUGUCGCUCCUGGUGGCCUUGUUCAUUCCAGAACACAACCUUGCGCUGAGAUCAGGCAGCCACAAGAAGCACAGUAACGGAGCCCAGACCCACACCCACAGCCCGCAGGCCGGAGGGUCGGAUGGCAAGGAGCCCCUGCUCGAGGACAGCAGCGUAUGAGGUUGGGAGAGAAGGACCUGGCUUGCGUCUCAACUCCAAAUCAAGGAUGGACUUAGCCAGUGGGAGUUCGGGG